UGCGCAACCGUCAUCGUCGUCACCGACCUACACGGCGUUGAGCGCUGGAACAAGAGCGCGCCAUAAACGCGACUCGAUUCUCAUCUUGCGAUCGUCUUAAAAACAAACAAGUAAAAUACAUGGGGUGCCAUGGGUCGUCGGAGCGCUACGCGGUGCACACCAAGGCCGACGGCAGCCUCGUUCUCUCGCGAGACCACCGGCGGCUUCUGCUCAAGUACGCGCCUCACUUUAUUGCGACGCGCAUGCCCACGGACAAGGACGAAGCGCUCAUGAGCCAAAGCUGGGACGACGUCAUUGGCCGCCGACUCCGCGGCGAGAUGCAACGGCAACACCACCAAGAGACCGAGCCGGACGCUGAAGCCUCGAAUGCGACGUCGGCGAUCCUCUACAGCCUCAACCCCGAGACGCGCGCGGUUUUUCGCAACUCGAUGCACGUGCAGAGCAAGGCGUUGGUCAACAUCGUCGGUGCAAUCCGCCACAUUUUACACUCACCGGAUGCGUGCGCCGACAUGACGGCGCUGGCCGUGAGCCACAUUCAGUACGGCGUCAAGCUCGAGUAUUUCGACUGCCUCGGCGUUGCGCUCAUUGCGACGCUGCGCAAGUUAGGUCGCGAAUUCUGGAGCGACGAUGUGGCGGACGCGUGGCACGCGGUGAUUGCGUACAUCAUUUGCCUCUUGAUCCCGCCGUACUUGGAACGAACGAAGCGGAAAAGCCGACAGCAUCUGUUGACAGCACCGAGUGCCAAAGGGACGCAACCGUUCUUGUCGGCCAGCACGACGUCGACGAUGCGCGUUGCGGUCGCGUACAAUGGGCCGCCGAGCUCCCCACGCGCCGCCCCUCAAUAA